AUGGGAGGGUACGUUUAUGAAGAUUUUCCUGGACCGAUCGAUGUACUCAGGAGAUGACUAACCAUAAAUAUGCCCACAAACUAUCCUAGAAGGACGGUGCUUAGGCAGGAAUAAUUGCAAUCUGAAAAACGAGGACGCAGACAUCAUGAGCUGAAGCAACUUCUAGUACGAGUUCCUAGAUAUGUCUGAUCAAGCGGGGAUUCUUCCCGGUAGAAGAAACCGACAGGGAAGACAUGAACAGCUUACUCAAGCCGACACCAGCAUGACCCCAGCAAUUAACGGGAGAGAACAACUUACUGUCGACACAUCAAUUCAAGACACCCAGGAAAGGGAAAUCACCCUUGAUAAUACGAAUUAUAACUCAGAUGAACGCAAACUACCGUCUGAGCAGAUGCACGAACCCGACAAUCAUACAGCGCUUCGCGACGGCGAUAACGAACGGCUGGCCCAUUAUAGACACUUAUACCUUGCUUGCUCCUCCUUCACACAGGCGUUCUUCAUCCAACAGCCUGCGAACGGUUCGAUCGAAAUCCAAGGGUCGACGCCCAUGUGUACAAACUUACAGCAAUACCUGGCUCAGCAGCAGAUUGUCGGGAACCACGCGUUGGAAUUCUGGAGGGCUGAGACUUUAUACGAUGGCUCUCUUCCGGUGAUUCCUCAGCUCACUAAUCCUAGUGACUGGCUUCUUGAAGUAGGAACCGACCACGAUCAUAAUAAUCGGGAAAGUGACCUGGAGGCAGUAAAGGACGAAACUCGUAACGGGAUGUACGAAUAGGAGUAUCGACUGGCUGAGCGUUAUCUACUAUAAAAACUUAAGCUAAUUCGAAGGCUUCUUGGGGUUAUGAUGACUGGGUACUACAAAGUUGCUUCCAGGAGAAGUCUUCAAAUCAGGUAGUUCAUGUAUAGGUGGGAGGGCAAGUCAGUAGCUACCUAAGUAGUAAGAGCUCGUGACCCUCUUGAGGCUUUACAAAUUUCCGAAGAGCCCCAUUACUAAUUUGAAGCUGGACGCUAAUAAAAUGUAUUAUUUCUUACUAUGUACAUG